UCUUGCUGUAUCCUCUGAUGCUGCCUCGGCUUACGGGUUGACUGCAAUCCUUAAUUCUUUGCACCCAGUGCUCUAUCUUAUAUUGAUGGAUGUUUUAAAUGUGAACUGAACGUCAAUCACUUCCUUCUUGGCCGAGAGAGGGCGAUCCCACAGCUGCCGCCCGUCGAGGGCACGAGGCGCUAACCCGCACGAGGGGUCUAGUACUCUAGUACAAUACAGUCCGACUAUCGCGAGACCUGCCGGAUCCAGCGAUCGACGAGCAAAAACCGGUCGCCAAUUGAAGGAUCCCAGCAACAGUAGAGAGAGGGAAAGACACGGUGAGGUGGAAAGGAGCGGCUACGAACCGAUUGAUCCAGCGUAGUGACCUCCUCGGCGGGGUCACGCCAACACCGCAACCAUGAUGAACGGCUACGAGAAACUGGACGAGGACGCCUUUGGGCCAAAGUCGGGGAACAUUGUCAGCGCGUUUGACGCAUUCCCCAAAUCCAAACCGCAAUAUGUCACGCGCACCGAGGGUGGGGGCAAGUGGACGGUAGCCGUGGUGAUUGUGUCGCUGGUGCUGAUGUGGACCGAGCUGGCGGCCUGGUGGCGGGGCACCCAGCAGCACACGUUCGCCGUCGAGAAGGGCGUCUCGCACGGGCUCGACAUCAACCUGGACAUUGUGGUGCGCAUGCGGUGCCAGGACCUGCACGUCAACGUGCAGGACGCCGCGGGGGACCGCAUCCUCGCCGCCGAGGCCCUCCGCCGCGAUCCGACACUGUGGUCCCAGUGGGUCAACGAACGCGGCAUGCAUCGCCUCGGCCGCGACGCCCACGGCCGAUUGCUCACGGGGGAAGGCUUCACGGGGGGCCACCACGACGAAGGGUUCGGCGAGGAGCACGUCCAUGACAUUGUCGCGCUGGGGAGGAAGAGGGCCAGGUGGGGCCGCACGCCGAGGCUCUGGGGCGCCGAGCCGGAUAGCUGUCGCAUCUAUGGCAGCCUGGAGCUGAACAAGGUCCAGGGGGAUUUCCACAUCACGGCGAGGGGCCAUGGGUAUAUGGAGUUUGGGGAGCAUUUGGAUCAUAACGCCUUCAACUUCUCGCACAUCAUCUCCGAGUUCUCCUUCGGCCCUUACCUCCCGGCUCUGACCAACCCGCUCGACCGGACCGUCAACCUGGCGCCCGCGCACUUUAUGCGCUUCCAAUACUUCUUGUCGGUCGUGCCCACCACCUACACGGUCGGCCGCCCGGACGAGUUCGGGUCGACGUCUGUCUUCACCAACCAGUACGCUGUUACGGAGCAGAGCCAGGAGGUGCUUGAGAACGUGAUCCCGGGCCUGUUUUUCAAGUACGACAUUGAGCCCAUCCUGCUCAACAUUGUCGAGACGCGCGACAGCGUCCUCGUCCUGCUGCUCCGGGUGGUCAACGUGGUGAGCGGUGCUCUGGCGGCUGGGCACUGGGGCUACCGCCUGAGCGACUGGAUUGCCGAGGUCAGGGGCAGGAGGAGGAGGGCUGGACAUAGCGAGGGUAUGCUUGGGCUUGGGGCGAAAGGGCAUUACAAUGAAUAAACAGGCCUCGGUUGAUGGAUUGGGGUUGUAUACAGGUUUUGUUUUUGGGUUGUAUUUCUAGGUUAUUUCCAUCUCACAGUCAUCAUUACCAUUAGAGGCGUUGCUUGAAACCAAAAUUCACUGUCAAAUUUCCG